AGAGGUGGCACCGUCCCCAUUCCCGCACAUCCGCAACGUCGUCAUCAAACAACCCAUCGGUGUCGUGUCUAUCCUGACCCCAUGGAACUUCCCCUCCGCGAUGAUCACCCGCAAGCUCGGCGCCGCCCUCGCAGCAGGGUGCACCACAGUGAUCAAGCCGCCGCCCGAGGCCCCGUUCUCCGCGCUGGCUCUCACAGAGCUGGCCACGCGCGCGGGUGUCCCGCCGGGCGUGAUCAACGUCGUCACGACGCAGGCGAACGUCGUCGACGUCGGGCGCGAGAUGUGCGAGAACGACACGGUCAGGAAGGUCACGUUCACGGGGAGCACGCCCGUCGCGAAGUUGCUGUACGGCAUGGCCGCGAAGGGCUUGAAGAAGAUGUCGAUUGAGGCGGGUGGCAACGCGCCGUUUAUUGUGUUUGACGAUGCGGAUAUACCGGCGGCCGUCGAGGGUGCUAUCGCGUGCAAGUUCCGCGGCAGCGGGCAGACGUGCGUGUGCGCCAACCGGAUCUACGUGCAGGACUCCGUGUAUGCGGACUUCGCCUCGCGACUGGCUGAGAGAGUCGCCGCGUUCAAGGUCGGGAACGGGCUCGAGGACGGAACGACGCACGGCCCGCUCAUCCACGACAAGGCCAUCGAGAAAGUGCAGCGCCACGUCGACGACGCGCUCGCGCGGGGCGCGCAGCUGCUCAUGGGGGGCACGCGGGUCGAGGGCAAGGGCAGCUUCUUCCAGCCGACGCUCCUGUCGGACGUGCCCGCGGACGCGCUCGUGAACAGCGAGGAGACGUUCGGGCCGCUCGCGGCGCUGACGCGCUUCGCGACGGAGGAGGAGGUCGUCCGGUGGGCGAACCGCUCGGCGGUCGGCCUCGCGGGCUACUUCUACUCGCGCGACGUCGGGCGGGUGUGGCGGGUCGCGGAGGCGCUGGAGGUGGGUAUGGUCGGCACGAACACAGGCUUGAUCAGCCAGGUCGCCAUUCCGUUUGGAGGGGUGAAGGAGAGCGGGAUCGGGCGCGCAUGGGAUGAGGAGUACAUGAACACCAAGUUUGUCGCGUUUGGAGGAUUGUGAGCGGGAGGGAGAUGGGUGCCGCCGACUGGACAAUGUUGACGACGGACGGCCCACUCUGAUGCUCUUCGCUCUUCGGAUCCAGAAAUCGAAUCUAGUACGACUUUGUUGUAUGCUUAGUUCUCUUGUCACAACUGUAUCGGAUGUCUGCGUUGUACUA